UUAAUGAUAAUAUUUUUAAAGAAAUAUUUAUAAUACGUAUAAUAAUGGUUUUUAUGAGACUUGUUUGCCUAUAUUUGAUUUAUCCGCGUUUUACUUUAGGUCGAUUGUUACACAGUGAAGGAAAGAUAAUCGGCGGCGUUUACGCAGAAGAAGGAGCGUACCCGUUCGCAGUCAGUUUCCAGUUUGACUUCGGAAGGCAUUUUUGUGGUGGAAACGUUCUCACAGAGAAAACUGUCUUAUCUGCUUGUCACUGCGCUCGUUUGUCUCGAGAAAAGAGGUACUUUUUGUUCUGGAGAACCGAGACAUAUGCUGUAGCCGGAAGCAUCGACAGGACGUCGAAACAAACACAGAAAAGGCUUGUGUCCCAGUUUUUAUCUCACAAGAAGUGCGACGUUAAACAGUACGGCUGGGUGUACGACUACGGCCUGGCCGUUUUGAAGAAUCCCUUCAACAUUUUGAAAAUACAGAAUAACAUACGGCCGAUUCAAAUAGAAAAUAUCUCCUUGGCGAAUGAUGUGCAGAGUAUGAUAAGGUCGCGCGCGGUCUGUCGAUCCAUGGGCUGGGGUUCACAAGUCAUCGUUAAGCCUGGAGCGCAUUACACAGGGCUCUCCUCUGUGCUGAAGGAAGUUAAAAUAAAUCUCAUGACUUAUGAAGCUUGCAUGGAACUUUUAUGCGAACCGCCGAAGUCCAGAUGUGUCGGCGAUAUAGAAAAACGUCAUCAAAUUUGCGGGAUCGGACCGGACAGAGAAGACGUCUGCUCGGGCGAUUCGGGAAGUGCUUUGGUCUGCAAUGGCAAAGCGGUGGCUAUCACGUCCUGGGGGCCUGCAUGCGGCGAGUACCGGUAUCCGACUAUGUAUUCUUUACUAAACGUACCAUUUCAAUGGACUUCCGGAGGAAACAGCAUACUGGUGAAUUUUCUAGCGCUUCUCCUCAUAAUAUUUUCUAUUAAACGGUGAAAUUCUGACGAAAAUGUAUAUCCAACGAAUGGAGAUUGAUUGAUUUGAGCACCGUUAAGGCAGACAAUUCUCUAUCCUUCGGCCUACCUUUCACAAAUUGUAAAAACAUUUAAACAAAACUUAAACAUGCAUACCUCCAAGAUGCGUUGGAUUUUGUAAUUAAAAUCUGGGCAAAUAUGUACUGCUUUCGUAUUCCCUGUCUAAUUUUCUU